CUCGUCCUUAUUGCUACUGCUGUAGUGCUACUGACGGGAAAGUUAAGAAUCAGGAAGUGUAACUGAGACUAAAACUUCGUUUCGUUUCGUUGUCGUUUAACCUGUCGAAAAGCGGGUACAAGUGUAGACACCACGCUGUCGACUUUAAGCGCCCCCACCGCAGAAAAAAACAAAAGGCAGCAUUGUUUUUAAACUCCUAACUCUGCGCUGUGGAGGUUUCGCUAGGCUGCGGGCUGUCCACCCGGGCUGCGGUCCGCCUGCCUGCUGUCUGUAAACACGAUCGAGUGCUGGGCUGUUAUGUCGUCCUCUACCGUGGAUGUGGAGUGGGGAGAUGAAGAGGAGGGAGAUGGGCAGCUGGUGAACGACGGAUGGCCCCCUGGUGCACCUGAGAGCCAGGAGAGCUUCUUUGUGGAGCAUCGCACCUGGAGCGAUCUGAGGAAUAUUCUGACAGACAGCCAGCGUGGCCAGUUCAACAUGGUGUCCAAACCGCCUCAUGAGUUCCAGUUCGUACUGAAGAACGACCCGGAAGGGUUUCACUCCCAUCGCGUGUACUUCCUGGCCAUGACCAGCGAGGGCAGGGAGAACACGCUAUUCUACGCUGAGAUCCCCAAGAGGAUCAACAAGCAGGCGCUGCUCUACCUCACAUGGAAACCCCUGCUGCUGCACUUUCACAGCCAAGACUUCGGGGAGUACUAUCGAGAGGACGAGCUUCUGCGAGAGAGGAAGCGCAUAGGGGAGCAGGGCAUCAUGUCAUACGACUUUCAUCGGCCCAGCGGCAGCUUCUUGUUCCAGGCCGGUGGUUCCCUCUACACCCUGAAGGACGGCGGGCCCAACGGCUUCACGAACCAGCCUCUCCAGCCUGAGACAGUGCCCACCUCUUGCCACAACAUCCGAAUGGAUCCCAAGUUUUGUCCUGUGGACCCCGCCUGGUUCUGUUUUGUCCACAGCUGUGACCUUUGGAUCGGGAACCUGGACAGCGGGGCGGAGACUCGCCUCACUUUCGCCCACAAAGGUGAAUCCAACUUAAAGGACGACCCCAGGUCAGCGGGGAUGGCCACCUUCCUGCUGCAGGAGGAGUUCGACCGCUACACCGCAUACUGGUGGUGCCCUGUGGCAGAGUUCGACUCGGACGGCGCCCGGGUGCUGAGGAUCCUCUAUGAGGAGAACGACGAGUCCGACGUGGAGGUGAUCAAUGUGACGUCACCCCUGCUGGAGACUCGACUCACCGAGGCCUUUAGAUACCCCAGGGCCGGGACCGGGAACCCCAGAUCCAUGCUCAAGUUGUUGGAGGUGACCGUCAGCACUGUGGGGGAGGUUGUGAGGGUUCUGGAUAAGCGCCUGGUUCUGCCCAUGGAGGAGCUCUUUCCCGGCACAGAGUACAUCACGCGGGCGGGGUGGACAGCAGACGGGCGCUUUGCCUGGGCUCUGCUGCUGAACCGGCCCCAGACCCGGCAGCAGCUGGUUCUUCUCCCCCCGCCCCUCUUCAUCCCGGACUGGACCCCCUCCGGCACCCGCCCAGAAUCAGACAGCGCCACACCCUUCAUCGUCUACCAGGAGACCACUGACAUCUGGAUCAAUACCCACGAUAUCCUCCACUUCCUGCCGCAGAAGGAGGAUGGGGAGAUCAGCGUCAUCGUGGCAUCUGAGGUCCACACAGGUUUCCGGCACCUCUACCGGGUGACAUCCCGGCUGCAGGCCUCCUGGGGCCCCACCAGCACGGACGGGGGGGGGGCUGCAGGUGACUUCCUGUGUCCCGUGAAAGAGCAGGUGGCGCUAACCUGGGGAGACUGGGAGGUGCUGGGGAGUCAUGGAUCUAACAUCACCGUGGACGAGGAGAGGGGCCUGCUGUUCUUCCAGGGCACCCGCGACAGCCCCCUGGAGCACCACCUGUACGUGACCAGUUGGCUGCGGCCCGUCGAGGCUUGCAGGAUCACCAAAGCUGGCCACUCGCACACCUGCCGGCUCAGCCAGCUGAUGGACAUGUACAUCAGCCGCUUCAGCAGCGAGCAGAACCCGCCCUGCGUCAGCCUCUUCAGGCUGAGUUUGGAUGAGCACGAUUUCGAGCGACUGCAGGGCGAAUUCUGGGCCUCUCUCCUGGAGUACCCAGCUUGUCCCUGGGAUUACGUCCCGCCCGAGUUGUUCAACUUCGAGAGCCGAUCUGGACACACGCUGCACGGAAUGCUCUACCGUCCCCACAACCUGCAGCCGGGGAGGCGCCACCCAGUGGUGGUCUUCGUCUAUGGCGGACCACAGGUGCAGCUGGUGAACCGGCGCUAUAAGGGCCUGAAGCACGUGCGGCUGCACACGCUGGCCUCGCUCGGCUACUGCGUGGUCACCGUGGACAACCGGGGUUCCUGCCACCGCGGCCUGGCCUUCGAGAGCGCACUGCGGAACCGCAUGGGCCAGGUGGAGAUUGACGACCAGGUGGAAGCGCUGGAGUACCUGUCCUCACGCUAUUCCUUCCUGGACAUGGACAGGGUGGCCAUCCAUGGCUGGUCCUACGGUGGCUUCCUGUCUCUCAUGGGCCUUCUGCAGAGGCCUGACCUCUUUAAGGUGGCGAUAGCGGGCGCUCCAGUCACCAUGUGGACGCACUAUGAUACCGGCUACACAGAGCGGUACAUGGGCCUUCCUGAGCAGAACCAGGACAGUUACCAGCUGAGCUCCGUCACCCUGCAAGCACACCGCUUCCCAUCCCAGCCCGGUCGCCUGCUGCUCCUCCAUGGCAUGCUGGAUGAGAAUGUGCACUUCGCCCACACCAACCUGCUGCUGAGCGCGCUGGUGCGUGCGGGGAAGCCCUACCAGCUGCAGCUGUACCCCCAGGAGAGGCACAGCAUCCACCUGCCCGAGUCCGGGGAGCACUACGAGCUGCACCUGCUGCACUACCUGCAGGAACACCUGGGCUCCAGAACCACCUCCAUCCUCAGCGCCUCCUGACCUUCUACGCGCUUCCUCUUGCUGACCAGCAGGGGGAGACAAACUCAGCGACCAGUGUGGAUGUCCAAACGCCACCAUUUAGAAUGGCUACGGUCUGGCUAACUUCCCCAGAUUAGCUUGCAGUGGGAGUG